AUGGAUCCUUCUGAUGAUCGGUCUCAAGAAUCUCAUGCAGGAAGAGGCCAGGGCCGGCGAAAGACUGGCACAACUAAGAUCGAAAACCAAAGUAAUCUGCAGGUCACAUUUUCGAAGCGCUACAGUGGCAUAUCUAAAAAAGCCAGUGAGCUCGGCACUCUGACCGGCGCAGAAGCUGGUGUGGUUGUAUUCUCCCCGACGAACAAGGCAUAUUCGUUUGGGACUCCUGAUAUAACAUCCGUGAUAAAUAACUAUGAAAUCCCACAAGCUACGCAAAAUAAUCCAGACCCGUACUUGGCAUCGAUGCACCAAACAGAACUUGACGCCCUUGCGGAGCUUGAGGCAGGUAUAGCUGCAGAGAAAGAGAAAGGAAAGGAGUUGGCAAAAAUGAAGGACGACAUCGAGAAAGACAAGAUUAUGCCACCAGGAGUGGAUAGCGUGCAAGGACUUAGCUACGAAAAACUCGGCCAGUUAAGAGGCGAUGUGGAGACAUUUGGGAAAAGUCUGGAAACCCGAAUGAAAAACCCUGCUAAUACCACAAUGGAUCGACGAUAUGUGGGUUCCUCACAGGGGCAAAGCAGUACGGCCUCGUAUGAUCAUACUAGCAAUAACAAUCAAGCUUGA